CUGGGUGUCUGGGACGUGCCAGCGCCCGUGAGCCUGCGGGUGGAGAGUCGUCCUGCUCCUCAGCGGCCCAGAGAGAGAGAGUCAGAAGGCUCGCGGCCACGGCGGGCGCAUGGGAGGCAGUGGAGAAGGCCGGAACUCUCAGCCAGCCCCGACUCGCCCAGCAGGAUGGAGGGCAAGCGGCGGCCAGGCCCGGGGCCCGGGGUGCCCCCGAAGCGGGCCCGGGGGGGCCUCUGGGAUGAGGACGAGCCGUCGGGGCCGUCCCAGUUCGAGGAGGAGCUGGCGCUGAUGGAGGAGCUGGAGGCGGAGCGCAGGCUGCAGGAGCAGGAGGAGGAGGAGCUGCAGUCGGCCCUGGAGGGGGCUGCGCACGGGCAGCUCUCCCAGACAGCCAUAGACCCCCGCUGGCUGCGGCCCUCCCCACCUCCCCUGGACCCCCAGACGGAGCCCCUCAUCUUCCAGCAGUUGGAGAUCGACCAUUAUGUGGGCCCAGCGCAGCCCCUGCCUGGGGCACCCACGCCCUCCCCGGGCUCCGUGCCCGUGCUCCGUGCCUUCGGGGUCACCGACGAGGGCGUCUCUGUCUGCUGCCACAUCCACGGCUUCGCGCCCUACUUCUACACCCCGGCGCCCCCUGGUUUCGGGCCCGAGCACCUGAGCGACCUGCAGCGGGAGCUGAAUGUGGCCAUCAGCCGGGACCAGCGCGGCGGGAAGGAGCUCGCGGGGCCAGCUGUGCUGGCUGUAGAGCUAUGCUCCCGGGAGAGCAUGUUCGGGUACCAAGGGCAUGGCCCCUCCCCGUUUCUGCGCAUCACCCUCGCACUGCCCCGCCUUGUGGCCCCCGCCCGCCGCCUCCUGGAGCAGGGCAUCCGUGUGGCAGGCCUGGGCACCCCCAGCUUCGCGCCCUAUGAGGCCAACGUCGACUUUGAGAUCCGGUUCAUGGUGGACACGGACAUCGUCGGCUGCAACUGGCUGGAGCUCCCGGCCGGGAAAUACGUCCUGAGGCCGAAGGGGAAGACCACACUGUGUCAGCUGGAGGCAGACGUGCUGUGGUCGGACGUGAUCAGUCACGCACCAGAAGGGCAGUGGCAGCGAAUCGCCCCCCUUCGCGUGCUCAGCUUUGACAUCGAGUGCGCUGGCCGCAAAGGCAUCUUCCCCGAGCCCGAGCGGGACCCUGUCAUCCAGAUCUGCUCGCUGGGCCUGCGCUGGGGCGAGCCGGAGCCCUUCCUGCGCCUGGCGCUCACCCUGCGGCCCUGUGCUCCCAUCCUGGGCGCCAAGGUGCAGAGCUACGAGCGGGAGGAGGAGCUGCUGCAGGCCUGGUCGGCCUUCAUCCGCACCAUGGACCCCGACGUGAUCACCGGCUACAACAUCCAGAACUUCGACCUUCCCUACCUCAUCUCCCGGGCCCAGACCCUCAAGGUGUCGUCCUUCCCCUUCCUGGGCCGCGUGUCUGGCCUCCGCUCCAACAUCCGGGACUCGUCGUUCCAGUCGAAGCAGACCGGCCGGCGGGACACCAAGGUGGUCAGCAUGGUGGGCCGCGUACAGAUGGACAUGCUGCAGGUGCUGCUGCGGGAGUACAAGCUCCGCUCCUACACACUCAACGCCGUGAGCUUCCACUUCCUGGGCGAGCAGAAGGAGGACGUGCAGCACAGCAUCAUCACCGACCUGCAGAACGGGAACGAGCAGACGCGCCGCCGCCUGGCCGUGUACUGCCUCAAGGACGCCUUCCUGCCACUGCGGCUGCUCGAGCGGCUCAUGGUGCUGGUGAACGCCGUGGAGAUGGCGCGUGUCACCGGCGUGCCCCUCAGCUACCUGCUCAGCCGUGGCCAGCAGGUCAAGGUCGUGUCCCAGCUGCUGCGACAGGCCAUGCGCGAGGGGCUGGUGAUGCCCGUGGUGAAGACGGAGGGCGGUGAGGACUACACGGGGGCCACAGUCAUCGAGCCCCUCAAAGGGUACUACGAUGUCCCCAUCGCCACCCUGGACUUCUCCUCGCUGUACCCGUCCAUCAUGAUGGCCCACAACCUGUGCUACACCACGCUCCUGCGCCCCGGGGCCGCCCAGAAACUGGGCCUGACCGAGGAUCAGUUCAUCAAGACGCCCACAGGGGACGAGUUUGUGAAGACGUCGGUGCGGAAGGGGCUCCUGCCUCAGAUCCUGGAGAACCUGCUCAGCGCCCGGAAGAGGGCCAAGGCCGAGCUGGCCAAGGAGACAGACCCCUUGCGGCGGCAGGUCUUGGACGGGCGGCAGCUGGCACUCAAAGUGAGCGCCAACUCUGUGUACGGCUUCACAGGCGCCCAGGUGGGCAAGCUGCCAUGCCUGGAGAUCUCACAGAGCGUCACCGGGUUCGGGCGCCAGAUGAUUGAAAGAACAAAGCAGCUGGUGGAGUCCAAGUACACGACGGAGAACGGCUACAGCGCGAGCGCCAAGGUGGUGUACGGUGACACUGACUCCGUCAUGUGCCGAUUCGGCGUCUCCUCGGUGGCGGAGGCCAUGGCCCUAGGGCGGGAGGCCGCCGACUGGGUGUCGGGCCACUUCCCCUCGCCCAUCCGGCUGGAGUUUGAGAAGGUCUACUUCCCCUACCUGCUCAUCAGCAAGAAGCGCUACGCCGGCCUGCUCUUCUCCUCCCGGCCGGAUGCCCAUGACCGCAUGGACUGCAAGGGCCUGGAGGCCGUGCGCCGGGACAACUGCCCCCUAGUGGCCAACCUUGUCACCGCCUCGCUGCGCCGCCUGCUCAUCGACCGAGACCCCAAUGGCGCCGUGGCCCACGCACAGGAGGUCAUCUCGGACCUGCUGUGCAACCGCAUCGACAUCUCCCAGCUGGUCAUCACCAAGGAGCUGACCCGCGCGGCCGCCGACUACGCCGGCAAACAGGCCCACGUAGAGCUGGCCGAGAGGAUGAGGAAGCGGGACCCCGGGAGCGCGCCCAGCCUGGGCGACCGUGUCCCCUACGUGAUCAUCGGUGCCGCCAAGGGCGUGGCUGCCUACAUGAAGUCCGAGGACCCCCUCUUCGUGCUGGAGCACAGCCUGCCCAUCGACACGCAGUACUACCUGGAGCAGCAGCUCGCCAAGCCGCUCCUGCGCAUCUUCGAGCCCAUCCUGGGCGAGGGCCGCGCCGAGGCCGUGCUGCUGCGGGGGGACCACACGCGCUGCAAGACGGUGCUCACAGGCAAGGUGGGCGGCCUCCUGGCCUUCGCCCAGCGCCGCAGCUGCUGCAUCGGCUGCCGCACGGUCCUCAGCCACCAGGGAGCCGUGUGCAAGUUCUGCCAGCCCCGGGAGUCGGAGCUCUACCAGAAGGAGGUGUCCCACCUGAACGCCCUGGAGGAGCGCUUCUCGCGCCUCUGGACCCAGUGCCAGCGCUGUCAGGGCAGCCUGCACGAGGACGUCAUCUGCACCAGGCUCGAAGGGCCACACUACAGCUGUCUGUACCCAGAUGGAGUCUUCUACGACCUGGACAGCUGCAAGCACCCUGGCUACCCAGACUCGGAGGGGGCUCCUGACUCCCUGUGGGGCUGGACUGAGGCCCCAGCUGUCCCGGCCGCCUCCUUUGAAGCCUAUGACCCGGCCAUGGCCACCUUCAGCCACCCCCAGGGUGUCCAGCUCUGUUACGGACCCUCAGCCUACAGCCCUGCGGGUAGCCUCGACCUGGCCCCCAGCCUGGAGGCCCCGGGGCCCGACUUCCGGGCGUACCCCACGGAAGACUUCCCCAGCCAGACCCUCGGCCCCCUGGCGCAGCCCCUGUACCCCAGCCCCGUGCUGUCGGAGGAGGAGGAUCUCCUGCUGGACAGUCCCACUCUGGAGGUCUCAGACAGCGAGUCGGAUGAGGCCCUCAUGGCUGGCUCCGAGGGGAGGGGAUCCGAGGCAGGGGCCCGCAAGAAGCUGCGCCUGUACCAGUUCCUGCUGGGGCUGCUGACGCGCGGGGACAUGCGCGAGUGCGUGUGGUGGGUGGAGCCGGGCGCCGGGGUCUUCCAGUUCUCCUCGAAGCACAAGGAGCUGCUGGCGCGCCGCUGGGGCCAGCAGAAGGGCAACCGCAAGCGCAUGACCUACCAGAAGCUGGCGCGCGCCCUGCGCAACUACGCCAAGACCGGCGAGAUCCGCAAGGUCAAGCGCAAGCUCACCUACCAGUUCAACAGUGAUCUGCUGUCCGCCCCGCACCGCGCCUGAGCCCGGGGGGCGCUCUCCGGGGCUCCACGCCUGUGUCACGUUGGCGUCCCCACACCCUAGGUCAGAGGACCCGUGCAUCCCCACGCUGCGGGGGGAGCAGGGCUGCCGUCAUCUCUAAACACUGCCCCGGGCCCCUCUGGGACCCCCCCGGGCCCCGAUCUUGUCUGGGGCCCCUCUGGGAUUCCCUUGUCAUGUCCAGGAGCCCCGGGAUCCUCAUGUCUCGGGUCCUAGGACCUGUAGACGACUCUGCUAUGUGUCUGUGUGGAGGGGGGGCGGGGUAGUGCUUCCAGCAUCCCAAGAACGCCUCUGGGAUCCCCUUAUGAUGUCUGAGAUCCCCCAACCAGGCCGGGGACCUCUCUGAGAUCCCCUGUGUGUCUAAGACCCCCUCAAUCUCAUCUGGGGGACAGUGAGCCCGCAGAUCGUCACACCAGGAGGUGCGCCCUGCCAGCGACCCGGAGCCCUGGCCCGGGUCUCUCUGGGAUCCCCUUCUCAUGUCUGGGUCCCUCAAGUCAGAUCUGGGAUCUCCUAGUCAUGUCUGGGCCCUCUGCGAAUUCCUUAUCACGUCUCAGAUCUCCGUGCCCGGCCAGCUGUGACUCUUGUGUCCUCUCUGUCCCCCCAAGUGCUUUUGUCAUCUUUGAGAUUCCCGUAGUUCUCUGGAACUUUUCUGUGUCUGGAAUUCUCCAGUCACAUGUGGGGCCCCUCCGGGAUCCUUUCGUCACGUCUGAAGUCACCGUUGUCAAGUCUGGGGGGGACCUCAGUGAACCUUGUCGUGUCUGGGUCACCUCUGGGACACCCUCAUCUGUCUGGGAUCCUCCCAUCGCAUCUGAGCGCUCCCCCCACCCCCGUCCUCAUCUGAAAUGCCUCUUUGGGGACCCCACCAGCAGCCUUGAGUUCUCAAGGGGUCCCUUCUUCUGGGUGCCCUCGGAGGGCCGUGCUGGGGAUCAGUCUGGCCAGUCAACCGAUUUCUGCAUGAUCCUGGCAGCCCUCCCAUGUCAUUUCUAACCAGAGGCCUCAAAC